UGUAAAAAAAAAAAAAAAAAAAAAAAAAAAAAAAAAUCCUUUUCGCUGAUUAAUCACUUGCUGCGAUCAUUAUCGUUAUUGGAGAUGGCGGCAGCGAGUGGAACAACAUGGCAACCACAAGAGGAAGGGUUCAAAGAGAUCUGUGGAUUAUUGGAGCAACAGAUGUCUCCGACUUCAGAUAAGUCUCAGAUUUGGCAACAACUUCAACACUACUCUCACUUCCCUGAUUUCAAUAACUACCUCGCUUUUAUCUUCGCUCGUGCUGAGGGGAAGUCAGUGGACGUUCGGCAAGCAGCUGGGUUGCUACUGAAAAAUAACCUGAGAACUGCCUUCAAAAACAUGCCUCCUGCUAAUCAGCAGUACAUAAAAUCUGAGUUGCUACCUUCUCUCGGGGCGGCAGAUAGACACAUCAGGUCUACAACUGGGACUAUCAUUAGUGUUCUUGUACAGAUUGACGGAGUUGCUGGAUGGCCAGAGUUGCUACAGGCACUUGUCAAUAGCUUGGAUAGUAAUGACAUAAAUCACAUGGAAGGAGCCAUGGAUGCCUUAUCAAAGAUCUGUGAGGACGUUCCUCAACUUCUUGAUUCUGAUAUUUCUGGAUUAUCUGAUCGACCCAUUACUGUUUUCCUUCCAAGGUUUCUCCUGCUUUUCCAGUCACCUCAUGCUACUAUCAGAAAGCUUUCACUGAGUUCUGUGAAUCAAUUUAUAAUGCUGAUGCCUAAAGUUUUGUAUCUAUCCAUGGAUAAAUAUCUUCAAGGUUUGUUUCUUCUUGCCAAUGACCCUGCUCCAGAGGUGCGGAAGUUGGUUUGUGCAGCGUUUGUUCAACUAAUUGAAGUUCGUCCUGCCUUUUUGGAGCCACACUUAAGGAAUGUUAUAGAAUAUAUAUUGCAAGUCAACAAGGAUCCAGAUGAAGAAGUGGCACUUGAAGCUUGUGAAUUUUGGUCCGCAUACUUUGAUGCUCAGUUGCCCCCCGAAAACUUGAGAGAAUUCUUGCCACGGUUGAUUCCGGUUUUGCUGUCUAACAUGGUUUAUGCUGAUGAUGACGAGUCACUUCUGGAGGCUGAGGAGGAUGGAUCUCUGCCAGAUCGUGAUCAGGAUAUCAAACCUAGAUUUCAUUCUUCACGUUUUCAUGGUUCAGAGGAUGGUGAAGAUGAUGAUGAUGAAGACAUAGUAAAUAUGUGGAACUUACGCAAGUGCAGUGCAGCUGCUCUGGACAUUCUCUCAAAUGUGUUCGGUGAUGAUAUUCUACCAAUGUUGAUGCCUGUUGUUCAGACUAAAUUGUCAAAUACGAGUGAUGAAGCCUGGAAGGAAAGGGAAGCAGCUGUACUAGCUCUGGGUGCUAUAGCUGAAGGCUGCCUAAAUGGGCUUUUCCCUCAUUUAUCCGAGAUCAUUACCUUUCUCAUCCCACUUUUAGAUGACAAGUAUCCUCUAAUCCGAAGCAUCUCUUGUUGGACACUGUCCCGCUUCAGCAAAUAUAUCGUUCAGGGCACUGAUCAUCCAGAAGGCCGUGAACAAUUCAACAAAAUUUUGAUGGGUCUUCUGCGGAGAGUAUUGGAUGAUAAUAAACGAGUGCAAGAAGCUGCUUGUUCAGCUUUUGCUACUCUUGAAGAGGAGGCUGCAGAAGAGUUAGCACCAUGCUUGGAAAUCAUUCUGCAACAUUUGAUGUGUGCAUUCGGAAAAUACCAGAGACGGAACCUUAGAAUCGUGUAUGAUGCCAUUGGAACAUUGGCAGAUGCAGUUGGAGGGGAACUUAAUCAGCCAAGGUAUCUCGAGAUUUUGAUGCCCCCAUUAAUUGAAAAGUGGCAGCAAAUACCAAAUUCAGACAAGGAUCUUUUCCCGCUGCUGGAGUGCUUUACGUCAAUAGCCCAG